GAGGGAGGGUGGGAGACACUGGAGCGAAAGGGAGGGAGAAAAGCUGAGGGAGGGUGAAAAAGAGAGGCAGAAGAUAAAGAGAAAUACAAGGAGGGAGAAAAGGAAGAGGUCUGUCUGUAUAAGUACCAGAACCCGCGGGUCCUGCUCAAGAGGGACAUCCAUACUCUUCUCAGCAGGUUGCACAAGGUUUAAAGCAUUGAACGUGAUGUUAUAAAGUACAAAGAAGAAGACCAGAAGUACUAUUGUCCAUCGUCUUGCUGUAUUCCCCUGUGGACGCAUUAGGCCUGGAUAUUUGAAGAAAGCAAUGACACUCCUCUGGUCGCAAGCGCUCCCUGUUCCCAGACACAUCUUCUGCUCUGGUGACAUGUCAAGGUGAUACUUUUCAGUAACACACAAGCUCCCCUUGGGAGGGGGGUUGGAGGUGAGUCUCGCCUUCUGCCCCCUUUGUUCUGAUCUUCCAGCCGGAGUGACAUCAUGCAGAGGCUCCCACAAAGUGGUCACAACUGAGCUGAGAUGGUUUUGCACACGUCCCCCUUUCCCAGCAGCUUCCUGACGUUCCUCCACUCCCUGUCUUGGGCAUUGAUUUUCCCUUGUUACUGGCUUGGAGAUAGGCUCCUUGCUUCAUUCCUGCCUACCACCUAUGAGAAACGCCAACGAUCAGAUGAUCCCUGCUAUUUCCAAGCCCUUUGCAUUAUCAUAACGACUCCAAUCUACUUGGCACUGCUUAUUUCCUCUCUCCCCUUUGCCUUUAUUGGCUUCCUGUUAUGGUCACCUCUCCAGGCUGCCCGUAGACCAUAUAUCUACUCCAGAUUACAGGACAAAGCCCGAGCUAGUGGAGCCAAACUUUUGACAGAAUGGAGACCCACGGGGAGUGGAAAGAGUUUCUGUUUUGCAAGUGCAAAUGUCUGCCUCUUGCCAGACUCUUUAGCAAGGUUCAACAACCUUUUCAACACCCAGGCUCGAGCCAAGGAAAUCGGAAGGAGGAUACGAAAUGGGGCCAGUAGGCCACAGAUUAAGAUAUACAUAGACUCUCCCACCAAUACCUCUAUCAGUGCUGCCAGCUUCAGCAGCUUGGUCUCUCCACAGGGAAUCGAUGUGACGCAUCGUGCCGUCAACAUGGGAAUGAAAAGAACAACGUCCAUGGAAUACAAAGGUGACAACUGCGGAGAGAACAGUAGUGAAGAGGGACGAGAUGGGAAAAACGAAGGUGACAUGGGAGAAGGGGAAGAUAGCCCGUGCAUCAUUCGCAUUAGUGGGGAGGACAGUGGCCAUAUCUCAGACACAGAAAAUGAAGCUAUGAGCGGUCACGUGAAUGUAGCAUGCCUGGCUGAAACAGAACCAGACCUUCAAAAGAGUCCAACUUCUAACCAUAAACACAGAGAAGGCGACGGUGGGAGUUUGGAAAGCUGCACCACUUCUCGGGAGUCUCUGGUCAAGGGUCGAAUGGCAGACGGAGUUGCUGACCAAAGCGCUAUCAAUAACAAGCUUCUUUAUAAAGCAUCUAUCCUUAAAAAAGCUACAGCUCGCAAGAAGAAGCACACUGAUGAUAUCAUGGACCAUGAAAUAUCUGCCUUCUUUCCGGCCAAUUUGGACUUUCUAUGUCUGCAAGAAGUGUUUGACAAACGGGCUGCGGAGAAGUUGAAAGAGCAGUUGCAUUACUAUUUUGAGUAUGUGUUGUACGACGUGGGGGUCUACAGUUGCCAUGCGUGUUGCAGCUUUAAGUUCAUGAACAGCGGGCUCAUGGUUGCUAGCCGCUACCCCAUACUGGACGCUACCUAUCACUGUUAUCCCAAUGGGAGAGGAUCAGACGCACUGGCUGCCAAGGGAGCCCUGUUCAUAAAGGUGCAGGUGGGAACCACUUCUCAGGACCAAAGAAUUGUGGGGUACAUCUCCUGCACUCACCUGCACGCCCUGGCAGGAGAUGCCGUGAUCCGCUGUGAACAGCUGGACUUGCUCCAGGAGUGGGUGUCUGAAUUCCGCAAAUCUACCUCCUCCUCCAGUGCCGCUAAUCCGGAGGAGCUGGUGGCCUUCGAUGUCAUUUGUGGGGACCUCAACUUCGACAACUGCUCAUCAGAGGACAAACUGGAGCAGCAGCAUUCCCUGUUUACACGCUACAAGGACCCUUGCAGGCUAAGCCCUGGAGAGGAGAAGCCCUGGGCAAUAGGAACUCUGCUGGACCCGGAGGGUCUGUAUGACGAGGAGGUCUGCACACCGGAUAACCUGCAGAAAAUCCUGGAGAAUGAGGAUGGCAGGAAGGAAUAUUUAGUGUAUCCCACCAGCAAGAACCACUGUCCCAACCAGAAGGGGCGGAAGGUUCCACUGAAGGGAAGUGGACGAAGGAUUGAUUAUAUGCUGUAUACUGAGGAGGGUCUCAACAUGGAAUGGAAAAUGGAGAUCGAAGAGUACAGUUUUAUCACACAGCUAGCUGGGUUAACCGAUCACGUGCCAGUAGCCAUGCGACUUACCGUUUCUACAGGAGAGGAUGAGUCCUAAGCGGGACUGUGGACUCGACCAGUAUUAAUGGUGACGGUAUAUAUAUACGGCCCCAAGGGGGUUGCUUCAAGCCCCAGAGUCUGGAGCAGGGAGCAAAGCGGGUCUCCACAAAUUGGACUGCACGAUGGGGGGCAGACAAAAAGGAAUGAGCUUGAAGGCUGCAUCUCACCGAUGCCAACAGGUACCAGAACAUCGCCGAACGCCAGCCAACCUCUCCAUGAUUAAACCGAAAGAGGGGACCUAGAAGACAACCAGUGCCAUUCUUACCGAAAUGUUUUUUAUACCACUAUAUAGCACAAUUUAGUUUGUAAUUGUGAGAUGCUGUUCGGUUAUUUUCCUUUUCCUUUUGUUUUUUUUUUUUUUUGCAUAAUCUUUGUAUAUCUCAAAAGAAGGACCAUUAACCGUUUUUUUUUUUUAUAUAUAUAUAUUUAGAAUCUUGCUGUAGUUACUAAUGGCUCCACGCUAGCAUGUGCUAUAAUUGCAUGAAGCUCAACAUUUAAAACAAUAAAAACAAAUGAAAAGAAAAAAGUCAACAUCAACCAUAGAGGCGAGAGGCAGAAUAUCAACCCACGGAUGUGAAAUAUUAAAGAAAUCCAGGGUUUAAGCGAUUGGUUCAAUUAUAAUUAUAUAAAUAUAAACUGCUUUGCUGAAUUUUAUUUUUAUUUUUUUCCCCCCCCAAAACGGUUAUAGAGAUGACACAAUAAAAUAUCGCCCUGCUUUUAUCAGUAUGGAAUACAAGGAGCGUUCUCAGCGCGAGAAUCAGACAGAUGGUAGCAGCGGGGGACGAUUUUACAGGUUCACAAAAAUAAAAGCCGUGUAAAUAUGUUUAUACAGUACAGAUUUCACCAAAAUAAUGGUAAUAAAUGGUAUUUAACACCACGUGUUACAUUAAAAUGACUGUAUACUUUAUCUUCACAACAAUAAAAAUAUUAUUAUGGACA